AUGGAUGCAUACAACAAUACAAAGGAAGAUAUUUGGGAGAUUUGCACCAAGAAAUCGUUGCAACACCGAUAUGGAAUAAUUGAGAUGGCAGUAAGAAAAUUAAACGGAUGUGUACGUCAAAUAGAAAAUAUGCGUCCUAGUGGUGCUUCUGAGCAAGAUAUUCUUACACAAGCAAAAGCUUUACUUAUGCAAGAUCCGAACUUCAAAAAGGGUUUUAAAUUUGAUCAUGUGUGGGCUAUAAUGAAGGAUUUUGAGAAGUUUAACGAUGUCGAUUUUGGAAGGAAAAAACCAAGAAAGCAAGGCAAUGCUAAUAUAUCAUCGGUGUCUGAGAAUCCUACCCCUGAUUCACCCUAUCUAUCAUCUCCUAACUUAUCAUCAUUCUCACUAAAUUUAAAUGGGGAUGUUGCAGGUGAUUCCACAACAUCACAACGGCCUAGUGGAGUGAAGAAAGAAAAAAUGAAGAAAAAAAUUGAUGAAGAUUAUGAAGACAAUCCAAUCAGAAAAUAA